AUGGCCGAUACACAUUCAAGUGCAUCCAUCCUCCCAGCAGUUCAGAAAUCCAAGGAUUUCCAGGAGCAUGCGAAUCUUUGCAGUCGCCUCUUGACCCACUACAGUGACCAAUACCGGGACCGCAUGGUCUACUGGACGGCGCGAGAGAGGAGCGCCAAUGAAGGGGACAUGUUGACGCUGAUCAUCGAUAGUUUCGAUCGCAGCAAAUUGGCCCUGCCUAUGUGGCCUCUAGGUAGAACGCCGAAGCGUACACUGUACGAGACGGUCCAGCGACACUCAUUCUUUUUACUGGGGUGGGAGUUCUGA